GCAUGUUGCCGAAUAAGGGCGACGCGACGCAGUGCGUGGCCUGCGAGGCGCCGAAGCCAUGACGAGGGCGAGCGGUAUAGGGAUCUUGUGUGUGCGACGCGUCACUCGCCUUCGUGCGUGCGUGAUGGUCUGCCAGGUGCACUUACGCUGGCCCACCGGCGACCCCUUCUCUAUGCGCUAUGUUAUGCAGAAAGUUAUCGUAGGUUAUGUUGCAAUUGUCCUGUCUUGCUUCUCAUACAAAACGUCCGCUGCUCAUAUGAAGAUACGCUGACUCUUCCUGCAUUUUACGCACGUACGCUUGCUCCUGUUAGUGCACUACACGAUGUAUGCUUGCGAUCCGGAUAGAUACCACUCGAUAAUGCCAUGCCAUAGGGUCUGUAA